AUGCAGCUCUCUCUCGCCACCCUUGUUUUCGGCCUCGUCGCCAUUGCCUCUGCCGGUACCAUGGACGUUGAAGGUGUCCGCAACGCUCCUCGCAGCGCUGUCAACGUCCGUCGCCAGAACGACAACCGACCUGUUCCCAACGGAGCAUGCUGUGUUGCCAACACCAGCUUGAAGCAGGAUACUUGCACCGCCGCCAACGGCCAGACCGGUCGCUGCGUUCCCGGUGGAAACAACUGCGGCUCUUCUCUGAGCUGUGUUGAGCAGUCCAACCUCGAGUGCGAUAACAACGUCAUUGAGCGUGGAAGCUCACUUUGCCGUGCCCGUGCCGGCAACGGUGGUCUCUUUGACGGUGCCAACAUCAUCCAGAACCUUGGCCAAGCUUCUGUCAACUAA